AUGUCUCCCUCAAAACAAAAUCAUAGUUCAAGUAAUCGACAUGGCGAGAAUGUUCAGAUGAACGUUCUCGCCUCGGCUUAUGCCGUAGACAGCUCUGCCCGUCUCGCAGGCUUCCAUUACUCCACUACCGGCGCCGGCGGGGCAAAGUGGUAUCCCUGA